UGAGAUCAUGGAACACUCAUAAUCAAAACAUUUAAUCCUAUUGGCCAAUAAAGACUUCGAAUAGAAUGAAGUCGAGAAUUGUAUAACUCCUAGCAGAAACUUCAUCGAUCACUAAUUGAAUUAUCAUGGUUUUUCAGAGAAUGUUUUGUUCGAUCGCUUUUUAUUUAUUAGAUUACGUGAGUGCUUCUUUGUUUUAUCUGGUGAAGCCAUUUUCAGAGAGUAAAACCGUAAAAAAUCAUACAAACUUUUAGUUCGAUUUUAAAAACGUGUUUUCUCUAAGUUCCGCCUUUGAUGAGCCAUUUUUAAUCUUCACGGCGGCCGGCUGAGACGCUAAAUCAAUCGGAUUCCUUCGUGCGGCCUUUUCAAACUAGUGCACGAGAUAUUGCUAAAUACCAGUCUACUGUGGCAAGCAUAAACUUGGAAAACGGAUUUUUCCCGACGCUGGUUUUCUAGAGACCCUCUAGAAAUCCUAUAGAAAGCCCUGAAAAUUAUUCCAUUGAAUUCCCUAUGAUUUUUUACCUAAAAUCCAGAUUUUCAGGUUUCUGGCUUCGAACUAAGGAGGCUUCGAAACUAAGGAAUUUAGUGAAAAAUCACUGGGCCGAUUGUUCUAUGUGUAAAAAGAAAGGCAAUUUUUCGGCAACGAAGAGGAAUUUCGAAGAAAAAAAGUUAUAACUUUGUUGCCCGCUUAACAGCGAUUCUACUCACGCAAGAAUGAUAGCGAUAGCUAUUGAUAGAAAUGAGUUGAUAGGCCGCCAAUCAGACGGCCUCUUUUUUGAGAUAUGCCUCUAAAUUAUUUUGGUAAUCGAUCACAUCAUAUCUGAGCAACCUCAAAACAUAUUUACAUAGGCAUUUUCAUACAGAGAUUUCAGAAAAAUAACUUUCAGAGCUCUAAAUUGACACCAGAAAAAAUCAGAAAGAUUUUUUUAGUACUGAGGGAUUUUUCGGUUUUUGAAACCUUCUCAGUAUUUUGAGUUUUUCUCCACGAAAAUGCAACUAAAUUCAACUCAAAAGGUUAUAUUCGGAAUCAGCGUGAGACGCUGAACCCGAGUGUAUGACGUAAAGUAGAAAAUUAGAUGUUGUGAAAUCUUUGAAUUAGCUGCGCCUUAUUUAUUAAUCAUCUUUUUUUGAGCGGGUGGGUAUUAUUCUCAAUAAUCAUCGCUUACGAAGCUUCAUCAACAAUUUUAUAAGAUCGAGACAUCCUCAUCAGUAAUCAGUUCCUCAAAGAUCGUCACUUUCGUCUCUCGAUAAGUCAGAGCCAUUUCAAAAAAUUGAUAAUUAUUUACAAAGAAAAAUCAAUGUGGUCAACCUCCAGAAAUUUAAUACAGAUUUGAAUUCUCCGAUCUCGAUCUGUUUUCGCCAACCGUUUCACUCGUAACAGGACUCUUACAAAUGGGUCCUUAUGAGAAAACAGUUUUGCAGCGAGAAACGGAUGCACUUUUCUUUGUCAGAAACCCUUGAUAUGUCAUCCUGUAGACUUUUUUUUUGUUUUUUGAGACCAUAUCCGUUUGACAUGUAAAGGACAGUUGAUCAGCAGAAAAUGUAAUCCGAAUCGGCUGUGAAAAUCAAGUCCGUCCUUAACGAAUCUUGCCCAGAAUAAGUCACAGUUACUGUAAUACUGAUAAAUAUGCUGCUGGGCGUUGAUGAAUCUUUUUUUUAAAGCUCCGUCAUUUUUUCAUCCUACAACUUCAAAAAGAGAUCGCUUUACAAGGUAAACGCAGGCAUCAGGUAUAUUACGGUUUCCGGUGAGUCGGACACAUGCAAUUUUUUCCCUGCUCCUCAUUAAUCUAUUCGAUGUGUUGCAUGAAGACAAAAUAGUUUAGUUUAUUAUUCGUCUCUUUACAGCUAUGGACAAGGUGGAAUGUCCGUCUUUGUCCGAUCUCGAUAUUAAUGUGGUCGAACUGCUAUGUAGGGCUAAUGUAUAUCACGUGGUAGCCAUCAAUGAUAAAGAGUUAGACGCUAAAGCUCGCGAAAUUUUAACAGUAUGGAGCCGAUGUGCCAUUACUCCUCCUCCUAUUGUUAUACAAUCUGAUUCGCUUGAUCCUGUGUUCAACACACUCACAAACCAAAAGCUCGAUGCUAAAAGCUUAGUUCUUUCACUUGUCGCCGACAAGACAUUCAAAGACUCUAUUAUAGACAGUCUUAAACGAUAUCACGCUCUUCACGAUAUCAUGACAUUACUGCCAAGUUGUUUGAACAUCGCAUCGUCCACUUUGAAUAUUUCUUCCAGUGCUAUGACUGAUUUUAAAGCAUUGGUAAAAAUUGUUCGAAAUGUUACGUCACGAUUAAUUCUAAUAGCAGUAACGGAAUCAAUGAACGAUGAUAGCCAACGUUAUUUCGCUAAUUUCAUCAGGAAAAAUGAUUUACCAGUUCCUCUUUCCUACUAUAUAUUCAACGUGAAUAAACUGCAAAUUGAAUACGUGAUUAAUUUCAACUUGAUCGUCGAAAUCCUCUGCUUGACAAAUGAUCGUAUCCUUCUUCAGGUGGGAAGUUCUUCUGCCAUCGGACAAGGUAAAUCAAGUCUUCUUCCAUACAUAUGUUCGGAUAAACGGCAUGAAUCUAUCAAUACAGCUGGAAAUGCAUUGUUACGCACUGGAUGCGUCGACGUGCUAUCAGGAACAAUUCAGAGUAAUAACGAAGGUCAACAAGCAUAUACGAUCUUUGAUGUUCAUGGUACUGUUCAAAAGGAAUUGAAUUAUGACUUGAUUCGCACUAUUCAGUACUAUGCUGCCAUUCUCAUUUUCUAUAUUACCAUUGAUGAUUUAGAAUCAGACACUUUAUCAGCCCUGUUUUGCGAUAUUUGUCGGCAACCGAUUAUUGUCGUUGUUUUCGAUCAAGAUUUCGACGAUAGGGAUAUGGAAUCGAAGUCAGAACUCCUCGAUCGAUGCCAAAAUGGGCUGAAGCGAUUCUUACAUACAACGAGUACGUCUUCUGUUCACGUUUUACUUGCUCCUUGUGCCUCAUUAUGGGUGCAAAAGUCAGACAAUCGAGAGUUUGACGAAGAGAAUCGGACACAACUCUUACGGCAGUCGUUUUCAGACGCUUUCACACAAUUGGAAUCGGCAAUUUCUCAGCAGCAACCCCUUAUUCGCUCUUCCUUUAUGAUACAGUCUCGAUUUUUGAGCUAUCGGUCAAGCAAUGCUCGACCGACUGUGGACGUAUGUUCAUUUGCCGUCGAAAACAAACUUAAGCAAUUGCUCGAAGGUUAUACUGAUCAAACAGACAAUUUACUCAAUGCAACACCGGUUAUUUAUUUACAAGGCAAAAUUCGCGCGGUGGAAAAACAGUUAACUAGACAUACAGAAGAAGACAUGAGAUCAAUUGUCGAAAUGGGAACUCAAUUAAAAGCAGAGCUAAAUAAAAUCACGUCCGUGUCAGCACUUGCUAGCUUCUUCAUUCAACUGCUAACUCAAAAGACGUUCGUCGAACUGCUCAUCAUCGAAAAAUGUUUGGAGAAAUGGCGGUCAAAAUAUCAACCGUUGCUUCUACUAGCUAUGUCGAAUAUAAAGGAGAGUGCCAUUAACUGGACGAACACCAUCAAGCAACAUGAAACAGAAGAGCAGGCUCUGGAGAAACAAACUUCAACCGAUCCGAGCGUUGCAGAAAAGCGUUUAGACAUUGCAGGACGUUUAAAAGAUGCUAAGGCACAAUUUGCCAACGCCCACCAUGAAAUGGAAAAAUUGGAGAAUAAACUCCUGAACGUUGAUUUGACAAUUGGAUUAUUUCUCGAUGAGAUCAUGGCCAUAGCUAACUUCAAUCCAGUGUUGUUCGAUACUCAGAAUCCUCAGGCUGUCAUUGAUCGUCUCGCCGUCUGCUUUGUAGGUUUGAUGAAUCGAGGUAUCGCAUUGCACAUUUUGCGUGGCCGCCCACUAGAGUGUCCUAGUCCACUCCUAACCAAAAGUAUUCAAAUCGCAGGUAAAAAUGCUCGAAGUCCUCCAUUUGUUGUAAGCGUUAUUGGUGAGCAGUCAUCGGCAAAAAGUUCUUUGCUAAACACGUGUUUUGGUACGAAUUUUCGCGUCAGUUCUGGCCGAUGUACUAUCGGUGUUUAUUUUAGUAUAGUCCACUGGGGAGAUUUGACUGUAGUUCUACUUGACACCGAAGGCUUGUUAUCCGUGGAGGAAGCAAGUGCCCUAUUUGAUAACCAGAUCGUUACUAUGGCUAUGCUUUCGUCCCACGUCGCGAUCAUCAAUCACAAGGGCGAGUUUAGCACAACACUCGGUUCUCUUAUUGGCAUGUCACUUUAUGCAAAAACAAAACUUGAAGCGAACAUGAAACCCGCUUUGCUUUUUAUCCUUCGCGAUCAAUCAGAUACAACAGAUGAAGCAAAACGCAAGCAUUUUUUUCCUCAAUUAACGACACUCAAGCAGGCUCUUCAGACUGACGCUAAUUUCCUUACGGUCUCACUUGACGACGUUUUGGACAUCAGUUCGAAUGCGGUAAUGUUGCUCUCAAAUGCAAUUGUUAAAGAUAUUGAUAAGAAGGCAGGCAUUAAGCAGACUUAUCGAAACAAAAGUUUUCCCAUUGAAAUUCAAGAGGUGCGACGCAUGAUUUACACUUAUCUGAUAUCUUAUUUGAAAACUAAUGUUUACAAGGAUUUUGAUAACAUGUCACGAAUGUUGGCCAGCAAUUGGUCAGUUAUUGAUCAAUUAGGACCGGAUCUCUUGUCAUGCAAAACAUUAAUCGAAUUGAGACGCAUGACAGAAGUACAAAGCAUGGCGCUUGAUAUUCUCAAACCUGCUGCCAUAUCUCUUAGCAAAAAACUUGACAAUUUAGUCGAAUACACACUGCAACAGCUCGAGCCGAUUAAAAUGACAAUGGUAUUGAUGAACAAUGCUACUGCAAAGUUUCAACAAGACGUUGAGACAACUGUGGAGAAGUUACGAACUCAAGCUCUCAAUGAGUUCUCAGAUAAGACGGCAAAAUCAUACUUUUCUAUCGAGGUGACAGAAAAAUGGAAGCGUACGAUUAUUUCGUCUCUUAAAAACUUGACUGAACAAUGGAAUCAUAUCUUCGACGAUCGCUUACAAGCAAGUUCUCAUGCAAAAAUUGCCAAGGAAGUCGAAGAUACACUUAUCGCUAGAGCUGAAGAGCGUUUUAAUCAGGAUAAAUCCCCGAAUGUUGAGCAAUUGCGCCACAUGAUGAAAGAUGAAAUCGAUAAACUUCGUUUAGCCUCGCAAAAGAAUCAACAAGCCCUAUUUGAACAACCUGCCGUAAUAACUGAGAAGACUGUGCGUCUCUACAAUAGCUGUCUCGGGCUGCAUACACAUGGGAGCAGCCGAAUGAUUUAUAAUAUGAUGCACAAAAUGCCACCUGCUAAUUUCAUGUCUUAUUCUGAAACGUUGGCUCAAGUGCUGCCCCUUCUUGCUGAUUUCGCUAAGCAAACAGAAAAUAAACCAGGUUUCCGUCAGCGUGUCAUGAACACUUUUGGUUUGUCGGCUGAUUUCGACAAGAUGUGGUCACCGUUGCAAAGUAAGAUUCACUGGUUCAAAAGUUCCAAUGCAACCAGUCAUCGCAAAAUCCUUUCUGGAAUUUCUUAUACGGUUCUCCCAAAACUACAACGCGAGCUCCGUCAAUUGGUUAACGUGUCUCAUCCCAUUUACAACAAAAUGCCCGUAAUGGAACAAGCCAUCGACGUAAUUGAGGAAGCAGUGAAUCUGCGGGAAGUUAUCGACCUUGAGAAGGACCUCAAUCGCACUGUUUUAGUAGGCGAUUUAGCUGUGAUUGCUCUGCGUCUGCUCAUUGUUGAAUCAAUUAAUGUCGACGAAAAGCAUUACAAAUUAAAAUCUUUGGAACUAAACGACCGAAUUAGAUCACUCGAGCAAAGUGUCGAAAGGCAAAUUGCUUCGAUGGAAGAUGCAAGCAAACAAGGAAACGAAUUGGCAAGCACAGUAGCUACCGCUCUAUUUAGCGAACUCAAACGAGUAGUGACUGUUAGAAUUAAGCAUGACAUUCGUCAAGCCGUUACAGAUUCCAAUUAUAUAGUACACGACAACGUCCAAAAUCAAGCCUACACCUCCAGUUUUACUAUGGGCAAUGCGCAGAAGAUUCUUAAGUAUGUAGCAGAUAUCAAUCGAUAUUUUCUUGAAAUCAGCUUGGAUUCAAUACGAGCCAUUUUCAAUGCCGUCAUAAACGAUCAAACCAUACAGCUUGAAUCACUUAUUAAUACAUUGCUUAACGAUAUCAAUAAUGGAGUCCAUUCGAAUGAAUGCAAGAACUAUGCCGAAGUUAAGAAAAUCAUUGAAGAAUGCGCCAACAAAUCGUUCGUGCGUAAUACCAAGGGAUAUACAAAUGUAAGUUUCAGAUUCCCUGCUGCUUUACCUAUGAAUAUUGACAACAGUGCUCGCUUCAAAUCAGCCUUUCGUAGUAUUCUGCAAUAUUCCUCCCAAGUUCCUGUCGAGGUCUCGUCGAUUAUCAGCUCUCUAAGAAGUGAAGCCUUUGAUGAAUGCGUAAAAACUAUUAAGCAGAAGUUAGGAUGUGAGGCACGAUGUCCCGGAUGUGGUGCAAAAUGUGCGGUGAUCGGUGACCAUGAGGAAAAAAUUGUGGUUCGUAUGCCACGUCCAGGAUUCGAGCCACCGUCGGAUGCCAACGCACCAGUCAAGAUUCACAAUACCAAUCACCAUUUGGCUCGCUGUCUGCAUGGAAGUCAAUAUCAUGGCACGAACCAACCUGUUUUGUUGAAAUGCUAUCAAAAAUGGACAAGCUCUUCAUUUCACUUGACAGAUGGUACGAUUGUGAGUUCUCUCUAUUUCAAUCACUUCCAUCCAUCUUGGUUUAAUAAUCUCGACGAAAUGGCACGCACAGCCACUGAUCGCAACAUUGAGCAUGCUUCGUUGGAACAACGCCGAGCUUGGAUGUUUGUUCGACAUGUAAUAUGUCGCGAAAAUGAAUUAAAAGAUUAUUCCGAUGCUACCUAUAAAACCUUUCCAGAAUCGUAUCCAUUGCUUGAAUCACUUCCAGCUGAUUUCCACGUGAUUUGGAAUGACAUAUCGCUGUAA